CGAUGAACCUUUGUGAAUGGUUAAAGAUAGGUAGUAGAUUAUGGGAGGAAUGAAUAGGCUACGAAUGGUUGGAGUAAUUGGAGCAUGUCUUGGAUUCUCCGCAUAUAAAAAGUUAGCCCUUAAUUAUAAUACUAAUAAUAAUGGUAAUAAUAAUAAUGGAUCUCAUACAUUUAAUAAUAAGUUUAAUAAUGUAAUAUGGUUUAUACGGCAUAAUUAUAAUACAUUUGUUUCUGCAUCAUCCUUUGGAGUAGCCAACGGUUGGCUUUUAUUAAUGUUCAUAUUCAUUAACUUUAUGACAUGGCUGAUAUUUGGUACUAGACAAAGUGAUUUAAAGAUUUUAAAAUCAAAAUUAGGAUCUACAUUUUGGGAAUUUAAUUUAGGUUUUACUAUAUUCCAUUUUAGAUCUUCAUUAAGUGGAUCUUCUUCUUCUUCAAUGCAAACUGAUUUAUUCAAGUUUGGAACCAUAUUCUGUUCCGUAUUAUGUUUGAAAUUUUUUCAUCAUUUAACUUCUAUUCGAGUUUAUGAGGUUUUUAAUAGACAACCAUCUAAUUAUUAUCAUAUUAGUUAUGCAACUGUGAGAGUUAUAAUAUGUUUAACAUUAUUAACAUUUGUGGAUGUCUUAUUAGUUCAUACAUUUUUCAGUGAAAUUUAUCAAUAUUAUUAUUUUAAUAAAUUAUCGGAUAGACAACCCGAUGACAUAAUGUUAUUGGCUAUAUUUAGCUUUGAAAUUGCAGAUGUAUUACCAAGUCUUCUAUUGAAUGCUUUAAAGUUUGGAAUUAAUUACUAUAGAAAAUUUUUACGAGCUCUUCAAUCAGAUGAAUCUCCUAUAUUGAAUUAUUCUGGUGAAGAAGAUGAAAAUAUGAAUUACUUUUAUCUUUUUGAUUUCAUCAUUAAUUUGGCUAGAGUAAGUCUUAUUUGUAUAUUUUCUAUUGUUUUUCUAUAUUUCUUUGCAUUCCCAGUACAUAUUUUACCUAUUACUUAUUCUAGUUUAAGAGAUAUGGUGGUUACUGGUCGAAGAUUUGUCCGAUUCAAAAGAAAACAAAUCAUUCUACAAAAAUUACAAAUCCCUCAAAAUUAUCCUCAAGAUGAUGAACCUUGUGCUAUAUGCUUUGAUAAAUUAAUCGAUACUAAUGAUUCAUUAUCAGAUAUAAGAUAUUUACCUAAUUGUGAUCAUACUUAUCAUACUUAUUGUUUGAAAGAAUGGAUAGCUAUAUCUAAUUCUUGUCCCAUAUGUCGUAAAAAGAUAUGAUGACUGGUUCAUCAUUCCAUCCCCAUUCUUUUUGAAUUUAUAUAGUUAACUAAUUUUUAUAUUUAUUUAUGUAAUAUUACAGUCAAAAUACAAUAAUCAAUU